GAUUGUACCCUAACCAUGCAGCCAUACAUUAACAACUAUAUAACAACCUAAAAUAUUUUGUGUUAUUUUGGGACACCAUCUGCUGAGACUGUAUGGAUCACAGUCUCUUCUUACAGCCUACCAAGAGCAACUACUAUUGGAUCGAGCUAAUCCAUGGCUACAGGUCCAACACUGUAGUGGUGAACAGUACAUAGUCCUCAGUCACUGCUAAGAGCUCAAUAACAACCACCGCCACCUGGAGCUGUGAGAACAACAUGAAGUUCGACAAAGUACUCUCGAAAAUCAAUGGAUUUGGGAAAUUUCAAAUCGCUCUGAUGUUGGUCCAGGGGAUAUCGCGGAUCACCUUGCCCUGUCACUUCCUCAUGAACAACUUCAUCGCUGUGGUUCCGACCCACCACUGUGACCUCAGCUCCCUGGAGGACGGAGGGCUCUUAGGGAACCUGACCCAGGAACAGAGGCUGGCGGUUGGGGUGCCCGUGAGGGGGGACGGGAAGCUGGAGACCUGUGGCAUGUAUUCAGCACCGCAGUACCAGCUGCUACUGUCCCCCUCCAACGCUACCGACCACAUCCCCACCGUUCCAUGCCCGAGUGGAUGGGUGUACGACAACAGCACCUUCCAGACCACCCUGGUCACCGAGUGGGAUCUGGUGUGCAGCAGGAAGGGUCUGGACAAAGCCACCGCCACCAUAUUCUUCAUCGGAGUGAUGUUUGGGGCCCCCACCUUCGGCUUCCUCAGCGACCGAUUUGGCCGCAGGAGGAUGCUGCUGGUGUCCUACCUGGCCACCAUGUUUUUUGCGAUGGUAAGCUCGUUCUCCAGGACUUACUUGAUGUUCGUCAUCAUGAGAUUCCUCACAGGAGUGGCCAUAGCCGGGAUCAGCAUCAUAUCUGUUGUUCUGAAUGUGGAAUGGUGUGGCGUGGAGAACAGGACGUUCGCGGGGGUGAUCGGUAGCAUUGAUUGGACGAUAGGCAGCAUGAUUCUGUGUGGAGUUGCAUACUUUAUCAACGAGUGGAGGGUCCUCAUUGUGGCUGUGACCUCCCCUCUCAUCCUGUCAGUAAUCACCUGGUGGUGGAUUCCAGAGUCUGCAAGAUGGCUUCUGGCCAAUGGAAGGGCAGAAGAGGCCCACUACUACAUUAUGAAAUGCGCCAAGAUAAACAACAGAGUUAAUUGUGUAGCUGAUGUCACACCGAAGUCUCUGUUGGAGUCUGCAGGGAUUGAGAAUGAAAUGAAAAAGUAUACGAUAUUGGAUCUUGUGAAAACGCCCAAUAUGAGAAAACUGGUUAUCUGCUCCGGUGUACUAUGGUUUGGCGUUGCAUUCACAUAUUAUGGAAUCAGUUUGAAUGUGACCGGGUUUGGUUUGAACCCGCACCUGACACAAUUAGUCUUCUCCUGCACCGAACUCCCAGGGAAGCUGAUCGUCUACUUCUCCCUGAACAUUGUGGGCAGGCGGCCCUGUCAGAUGGCUGCCAUAAUUCUAACCGGAGUCUGUAUUUUCAUCAAUAUAUUCGUUCCAAAUGAUCUAUGGAUUAUUCGCACUGUUGUUGCCGUCUGCGGGAAAGGCCUGGCGGAAGCCGCGUUUACAAUCAUGUUCCUCUUCACAGCCGAGUUCUACCCCACAGUUGUACGGCAGAACGGCAUAGGCUACACGUCGUUUGUGGCCCGCCUGGGCGUAUCCAUCGCCCCCCUCAUCAUCCUGUUGGACGACGUGUGGCGUCUCCUCCCUCAAGUCAUUUACGGCGCCGUGGCGGUGGUGGCCGGCUUGGUGGCGUCGAAGCUCCCGGAAACACAAAACACCCGCAUGCCAGAGUUCAUCGAAGAUGUGGAAGAACCAAGAGUCUCCCUCAUAGUGUUCCUCUACUGCAGUCUGGGUAGGUUCAGAAGAUCCACAAUGAAGUUUGAGAAUGUCCUCGACGAUAUUAACGGAUUUGGCCGAUUCCAGAAGAUGAUUAUAGCGAUUAGCUUCAUCAGUCGCUUCUCAAUGCCAUGCCACUUCAUGCUAAACAACUUCAUCGCGGUGGUGCCGUCUCACCAUUGUAACCUCACUGCUCUGUACGUGGACGACUGGGCGUUUAGAAACCUGACGCCUGAGGAGCAGAUCACCGUUGGUGUUCCCCUCAGGGAUGAUGGGAAGCUCAGCUCCUGUCAGAUGUACGAAGAACCCCAGUAUCAUCUGCUGUUGGGAGACUCCAAUGACACCCAGGCAGAGAAGGUGCCCUGCCAGGGCGGAUGGGUGUUUGACAACAGCACCUUCAAGUCCACUUUGGCCUCACAGUGGGACCUGGUGUGUGAUCAAAAAGGAAAAGACAAACAAACCGGCACAAUAUUUUUUCUUGGAGUGAUGUGCGGCGCCAUUUGGUUCGGAAGUCUCAGUGACAGGUAUGGGCGGAGGAUCAUGCUGCUGGUGUCCUACGUGUUUGCCACGCUGUUCGGCAUGGGGAGCGCCUUCUCCGUAAACUACGUGAUGUUUGCCGUGAUGCGCUUCUUCACGGGCUUCAGCAUCACCGGCAUCAUUAUCGUCACAAGCGUCCUGAAUGUGGAGUGGGUGGACAUUCGGCACAGGAAGAUGGUGGGAGUCAUCGACAGCUUGGCUUGGAGCUUUGGUAGCAUUAGCUUCGCGGGCAUCGCUUACCUUGUGAGAUCCUGGCGACUGCUGGCCUUCAGCGUGACCGCUCCCCUCCUCGUACCCAUCUUCACCUGGAGGUGGGUUCCAGAGUCGGCCAGAUGGCUCAUAGCCAAUGGAAAGCUGGCGCAAGCUCAGACGAGUUUGCGUCUUUGUGCCAAAAUGAAUCAAACCGAGGAAUUUGCAGAGACACUAACACCCGAGGCCCUGUCUCUGGUCAUUAAGAAUGAGAAAAAAGACAGAGUCUACACAUAUCUGGACCUUGUGCGGACCCCCGUGAUAAGGCUUCUGGCCCUACGGACAGCCAUUGUGUGGUUUUCUGUGGCCUGUUGCUUCUACGGCAUCAGUUUUGAUAUCGGUGGCUUUGGACUCAACCUCUACUUGACCCAACUUACCUUUGGCCUUAUUGAAAUACCUGCCAAAUUCAUCGUUUACUACCUGCUGGAUAAGAUAGGCAGACGAAAGACGUUGGGAGGGUCACUGUCCUUCGUUGGGAUUUGUAUCCUAAUCAAUAUUUUCAUACCAAGAGAAAUGGCAACCCUCAGGACGGUGGUAGCCGUCCUGGGAAAGGGCUUUUCGUCCGCAUCAUUUACCACCACUGUGCUGUAUACCUCAGAGCUGUACCCCACAGUAGUAAGGCAGAACGGUAUGGGCUUCAACUCGGCCAUUUCUCGCACUGCGGUGGCCGUCACGCCAAUAAUCCUGAUGCUGGACGACGUGUGGGAGAGCCUGCCCAAGGUCAUUUUCAGCUCCUUGGCCGUCGUCGGGUCGGUGGUAGCCUGGACGCUUCCAGAGACACGUGACCGGUGCCUUCCAGAAACCAUUGACGACAUCGAAAAUCGCAGCAGUGGCGAGAAAUUGUUGCUCCCUAGUAAGCAAUGCUUGGCAAACUAGGAAUUAGCCUCAUGUACAGAUUGUUUUAUUAUUGAAUGUAAAAUAAAUAAAAAUUAGCGUUGUUAUUGGUAUUCGUUCAUGAAA